AUGGCCAACGAGGAAGAAGCCACAACAGAGCCCGCGCCAAUGCCCGCGCCGCCGAAGCCAGCGAAUCGAACUCUGACGACGUCGUCGGGCUUUGCUCGAAUUGCAAGCCCAGAGUCUCCGCCACUUACAGCGCGUCGGCCAAAGCGACCGCGUUCUUCAAGUCCUCCAGAUGAUGAAGACCUCGAGAUCCGCUCCCCCAAAGUAUCUCUGCUCAACUCUGCAUCGCUUCCAACUGUCCCAGCUUUCCCACCAGCCCCGAAUGCUACAUCAACUGAUUUGGCUCCCUUGACGCCUCCUCGAUCACCGGCCAAGCAGAGCACAGAAGGGAGGACGUCCCCUGGCAUUGCCAAACAGCCCACAAGCCCCUUGUUGGGUAAGCUGGCCGUGAGCGAAAUAGCCCCGUUCGUGAGAAGACAGCGCCAGUUGCUGUAUGAAAUGGUCAAGGCCGGCGUGAUCAUUCUUGACAAAGACGUCAUUGUUCGUGUCGGAAACGAUGGCUUGCUCGAUGUGGACGGAACCAGGGACGAACAAGGCGCGGUCAUGGUCGGAAGCAAGGUCUUCUCCAAGGACAACAUCCCGGACGGCGAGCCACCGGUUUUCAUCGCAGGCUCCAACAUCCAUCCUUCCCUGGUCAACAUGGACGGAAAGCGACUGACGCACCGCGACUUUCUCAAGAUGAGGGGAGACUCCAUCUUCUAUUCCUGGAUUGUCAAGACUCUGUCUAGCCUGCCCGAUAUGACUCAUGAGCGGUGGUGGGAUGCCGUCGAUGACCUGCAGAAGCUGCGCCUGGGCAAAAGAUCGCAAAGGGCCAUCGUGGAACCUUUAUACAAAGCGCACAUCUUUGACACGAUGGACCGGGCGACUGUGCACAACGUUGGGAUCAAGCUCAAUGCAUAUGAGGACUUGACCGAUGAGGAAAUCGACGUCAAGCUGCCUGUAGCCAUCGGAAGGCUCAUGGGACUGUCGCCCCCUCCGGAGCUUUCAGUUGGGGACGUGUGGCAGGACCAGUUCUGUGCCUAUGCCUUUGAGAUUGACGGCAGAGUGGCCGACGCCGCCACCAGCUUGUUUUCGAUCCUGAAGUUGAUGGCCAAGCAUCCCGAUGCGGACGCUCAUCUGCGCCCACUGGCGGUGGAGAAGCAGGAGGAGCUUGAGGAAGCGUUUGAGGCGAUCCAGAGGCUGCCGGGGCUGAAGUCGAUGCACAAGUUUGUGGAGAGUGCCGUCAAGGCUGGAUGGCACUGA